AUGUCGUCCUCAAGCCCCACCCUUCGUCAGACGGAAGUCGUAGAUAUUGUCAUCACAAUCGUAGCGACCAUUGCCACAUCCUUCCGCUUGUAUGUUCGUGUGCGGCAAGGACGCCUGUGGAUAGAUGAUGCGUGGGCGACCCUCGGCAUGAUAUUCAACUUCACCCUAUUAGUUACCAUUUGUUUGUAUCUGCAAGACUACAGGAAACACUCAGAACGGAACGGACAAAGCGUGGACAGGUCGUGGAUUGACGAUGUCCAGGGCCUCCGUUUCUUCGAUCUCUCUUCUCGGGAGCCACUCGUCCACCUCCGGUCCCUCUCCCUGCCAUCUAACCAGGUACUGCGUACCCCUCCCUCUCCGUCUUUCAUCGACGAUCUUUUCGAUGAAGCACUCCACGUUUCCUUCGGCUGUAACGACUGCGCCCGGACGAAGUUGUUCGCGGUUGGGGAAUAG